CAUAUACUGUCCUGUCUCUUCAGUCUUCAGUUCACCACCAGCAGCCCUCAGAACAUCCGAUUACCCGAAGGCCCCCCUCAGUCCCCCUCAGCCCGCAGUAGCCGUACACCUCCCAGUUCCGCGGCCCAAGCUCUGCUCAAGCCGAUCGAGCGAGGCUAAGGCCCAGAUCCUACGAUGGCGAUCACCGUGGGAAUUGCCGACGCCCCUUACAUCCUCGUGGGCCCACCCGAGGCUCGCCAGAGCCACUCCGCCGCCCUGGCCACUGGGGCCGCGCUAGCGCCGACGCGGGAGGAGUUCCCAGACCUGACGGACGCGUUCUCCAACGAGUUCGCCGCGCUCGCGGCGGCGGCGGGGCCGGGCGGGAAGGCGCUCACCGAGAACUUCUCCCCCACGUUCGUGUCCUCGGGGGACCCCUGCCUCGACUUCUUCUUCCACGUGGUGCCCGGCACGCCGGCCGCCUCCGUGGAGUCGCUCCUGGGCGCCGCCUGGGCGGCCGACCCGGACACCGCGCUCCGCCUCGUGGCCAACCUCCGCGGCGUGCGCGGGAGCGGCAAGUCCGACCGCGAGGGCUUCUACGCCUCCGCGCUCUGGCUCCACGCGCGGCAUCCGCGCACGCUGGCCCAAAACGCCGCCUCCCUCGCCGAUUUCGGCUACCUCAAGGACCUCCCCGAGCUGCUCCACCGCAUCGUGCACGGCGGGGUGUCCACCAGGACCCCAGGCAAGAAGGCACGCCUAACCACCAAGUGCAGCCGAGGCCGGGGCCGCCGCGUCUGCUUCGGCAACCGUACGCGUUGCAGCCGCGCGGAACGGGCCGCCACGCGCGUCGGCUCAACGGAGGAGCGCGUCGCGGCCAGCCUGGAGCGCGACCGGGGACUCGCGGCCGCGGCCGUGGUGGCGCGCCGGACCAGGAGAGCGGAGGCCGCUGCGAGGGCGGUCGAGAUGUACAGUAACGACCCCGCCUACCGGUUCCUGCACGACCGCACGGCCGACCUCUUCGCGGGGCUCAUCGCGGAGGACAUGCGCAAGCUCGCGGCCGGCAAGGUCCGGGAGUUCUCUCUCGCCGCCAAGUGGUGCCCGUCGCUGGACUCCUCCUACGACCACUCCACGCUCAUCUGUGAGGCCGUCGCGCGUCGCCUCUUCCCCAAGGGCUCCGCGCCCGAGCUCGCCGCGGACCUCGCGGACGAGCACUACGCGUACCGCGCGCGCGAGCGGCUCCGCAGGGUGGCGCUCGUGCCGCUCCGCCGCGCGCUCAAGCUCCCCGAGGUCUUCAUCUCGGCGCGCGCGUGGGAGUCGGUUAGGUACACCCGCGUCGCCUCCGUGGCCAUGAAGAACUACACGGACCUCUUCCUCAAGCACGACGCCGACCGCUUCAACGCCUACCUCGCCGACGUCAAGUCCGGCAAGAAGCGGAUCGCCGCGGGCGCGCUGCUCCCGCACGAGAUCAUCGCCUCCCUCGAAAACCACAGCGGUGGCGAAGUGGCCGACCUGCAGUGGCAGCGCAUGGUCGACGACAUGCGCGCGCUCGGCAAGCUGAGCAACUGCGUCGCCGUGUGCGACGUGUCCGGGAGCAUGUACGGCCGUCCCAUGGAGGUGUGCGUGGCCCUCGGCCUCCUCGUGUCCGAGCUCAGCGACGACCCAUGGCGCGGCCGCGUGGUCACCUUCAGCAGGCGGCCGGAGCUCCACAGGAUCGCCGGCGAGACCCUCUCCGAGAAGACAAGGUUCAUCCAAAGCAUGGCCUGGGGCACGAACACCGACUUCCAGGCGGUGUUCGACAAGAUCCUCGAGGUGGCCGUUGGCGCCAGGCUGGCGCCGGAGCGGAUGGUGCGUCGCGUGUUCGUGUUCAGCGACAUGGAGUUCGACCAGGCGACGGAGAACCCGUGGGAGACGGACUACGAGGCGAUCGUGCGCAAGUUCACGGAGGCUGGGUACGGUGCGGCCGUGCCGGAGGUGGUGUUCUGGAACCUGAGGGACUCCAAGGCCAUGCCGGUGGAGGCCGGGCAGAAAGGGGUGGCGCUUGUCAGUGGGUUCUCCAAGAACCUGCUCAAGGUGUUCCUCGACGGCGGCGGCAUCGUCGCCCCCAGGGCUGUCAUGGAGAAGGCCAUCGCGGGGCCGGAGUACAACAAGCUGACCGUCAUUGACUGAAGUCGAAGAAGCACGCCAUGAGACCGCACAUCCAAGGCCGUGCCUGAGAUUUCGGGGCCUGGGCGAAAUAUUAUAUGGGCUCUUUUAACCCAGCUAUAUAUAUAGACAUGAGAGUAUAUGAACUAAAAUAUAGCUUAUGUUAUAUUGAUAUUUAAUUAUUAUUAUAAAUAUUAAAUAUAUUUUAAUUA